UUUUCCACAAAUUUUAUUAAGGAUUAUGUUUAGAAAAAAAGUGCAAUUUUCCACAAUCAAAAUGCAUUUUUCAACUGCAAUAUAUACCGUCUUUAUAUGCAUUUGUGCUGAAGCAAUCAUUUUGAAUGAUAUUGACUUGAAAAAUUUUGUUCGCAGCGGUGCUUUAGAUGUAAAUAUUUUACGUUGUUUUCUUCGUAACCGCAACACCUGCCCAAGUCCUUAUAUUGAAUAUCGCUUAUAUACACCGAAAUCGUCACGCCACGGUAUCAGACUAAAUAUACACAAUCCGUUUACAAUGUAUCAAGGCGGCUUUAGUAAACAUCGCGAAACGGUAUUUAUAGUGCAUGGAUUCAACGGUACGUCUAUCGAUCGUCAUCUGCAGUAUUUAAGGGACGCUUACAUAUCAAGGGACUACAAUGUAAUUACCGUGGAUUGGAUGCCCUUAGCACGUUAUCCCUGUUAUUUGCAUUCUUUAAUUAAUACGCGAUUAACAGCGCAAUGUACAGCUCAAAUUUAUUCGUUUCUUACACAUAAUGGAGCAUUUCGAGAGAAAAUGACUUGUGUCGGUCACUCGUUGGGAGCCCACAUUUGCGGCAUGGUUAGCAAUCAUUUAACUAUUAAACAAUACCGUAUAAUUGGAUUAGAUCCGGCCCGACCAUUAAUUGAACGUAAAAAAAGUAAUCAUUUUCGUUUGUCACUAGACGAUGCCAAGGUAAUACAAGUGAUACACACGAACGCCGGUUUUCUUGGACAAGAAGGCAAUAGCGGUCAUUUAAAUUACUGUAUUAAUGGUGGACGCGCACAGCCCUACUGCCGAGGAAAUCCUAUAAGACGAUCACGCUGUUCCCACUUUCUGAGCAUUUGUUAUUUAGCAUCGGCCGUAUUUAAACAUAAAAAAUAUCUGGGUGUUCCCUGUCCAGAAGGCUGUGUAGAUAUCUCCGGUCCGCAACGUCUGCCCCUUAGCAGGCGAAAUCCUUUGGCUUUAAUAGCUCAACUAAAAGAAUUUUACAUAGGCAAUGAUGCACCAGACGAUGCUAUGGGUUGUUACUGCAUAGAUGUACCAUUUGCCAAACAUUGUCCAUUUAGUGAAGUAACGUAAAAAUUUUUUAUGAUAGUUGUAGUUG